UUUCGCAUCCAACGCCCCUCUUUCCACUCUGACUGAGCUCCCAGCGGCGGCAAAGGCGGCCACGGUGGCGUAGAGAUGGUGGUGGCAUCUGGAACCAAUUCAUGAGCCAAAGAAAUGGCCAUCCGGAGGAGGAUGGCCAACAUUAUAUAUAUAAUAAGCGAGAAGAGGAUUUUCCAUCUCUUAAAGAGUGUAAUGACUAUUUGGAAGAAGUUGAGGAUAUGACUUACAACCUAAUUGAAGGAAUUGAUGUCGCUGCUAUUGAAGCUAAGAUUGCUAAGUACCAAGAAGAAAAUGCUGAACAAAUCAUCAAUGCCCGAGCACGUAAGGCUGAAGAACUAGCGGCAGCACUAAAGGCAAGCCAAAAUUUUGGUCAAGGUGAUCCAACUGAUGGGGGUGCUGGACCAAAUGCUCAAGGGAUCGAUGUCGGCAAUCAAGGGCAGUAUGCACCUACCUCCAUGCUCGGUGGUGUGCUUAUGCAACCACGUCCUACAGGUGUGGCUCCACAGCCUGUCCCUGUCGGAGCCCCAGCUGAUCCUCUGCAGGGCUAUGCAACCGACGACGAGGAGACCACGAAGCUAUGAGCUGGGAGAGGAGGCAGAGCUGGGGGAUGGACAACCAAAUCAAGCAAGAGGAGGGCACUCGAGGAAGCAUUCGGUAGCAUAUGGAUGCAGGAACCGUUCAGCAGCAUAAGGAUGUGAACUUGACCUGAAGA